AUGUCCAAGCUCGCCAUCGCCGCCGAAAGGGAGGAGGAUCGAUACGACACCGCGCUCGCAGCGAAAUGCCUCGAAUGCCAUGCUCGGCUCGACAUAAAAGACGACCGGCUCGCCUCAGUCGUCGAUGGAAUCAUCCAUGCGAACACCUUCUCUCGUCAGGAAGAGGUCAAGGCCUGGGAGCAAGAGCUGUCUAGCUGCGAGCACAUUCUCACCCUGCGGCAGCAUGAGGCCCGCACCAUCGAACAAGGGACACUGGGACACUGCUUCAAAUGCAACCUGCGAGAGAACCUCUGGCUGUGCCUCGAGUGCGGCAAUCUCGGGUGCGGCCGAAAACAACUGGGUGGCGUCGACGGCAACUCGCACGCGCUGAGCCAUUCAAAAGAGGCUGGUCACGGCGUCGCCGUGAAGCUCGGAUCCAUAACUCCCCAAGGCACCGCCGACGUCUACUGCUACGAGUGCGACGAAGAGCGAAUCGACGAGAAGCUGGGUCCGCACUUGGCCCAUUGGGGCAUCAUGUUGGCGGAGCGACAGAAGACAGAAAAGAGCUUGACGGAGAUGCAGAUUGAGCAAAAUCUCAAAUGGGACUUCAGCAUGACGACGGAAGACGGCAAAGAGUUGAAGCCAUUGUUCGGACCGGGCCUUACGGGCCUCCGGAAUCUCGGCAACAGCUGCUACCUCGCCAGCGUCGUUCAGUGCCUCUUCGAAACGGCGGAUUUUCGCACGAGAUAUUGUCGAACCGAUCCUCUCCCCACUGUCCAAGAGCCCGCGGCCGACUUGGAGACGCAGCUGCGAAAGAUGGCGGACGGCCUUUGGUCCGGCCGGUACUCCAAGCCAGACGACACGGUCGGCCCGACGUCGGAAGUUCGGUAUCAAAGGGGACUGGCGCCUGCCAUGCUCAAGCACCUUAUCGGACGAGACCACGCCGAGUUUUCUACCAUGCGGCAGCAGGACGCCUUCGAGCUGAUGCUGCACCUGCUCAAGCUGAUCCACAGAUCAUCUCACGGAGAAUUGCGGGAUCCCACGAACCAGUUCAGAUUCAUCCUAGAGCAGCGGCUGCAAUGCCUCGCUUGCCACAAAGUCAGGUACAGUAGCAUUGAGAACGAUAGCAUCUUCAUCGAUCUGCCUCUGGAGAAGCUCCCGUCUGCCGAGAGCGACGAGGACCAAGGCGUCAAGUACAAACCCGUGACUUUGAAGGAAUGUCUCGACCGUUUUUGCCUCGCCGAAAAGGUGGAGCUGACGUGCUCGGCUUGUCACAGCGGGCUUGGAUACUCCAAGCAGUCGCUGUUCAAGACUUUCCCAGAUGUCCUCGCCGUGAGCGCAAACAGGAUGACGGUGGUAAAUUGGGUGCCGGUGAAGGUGGAGGUCCCGGUGAUUGUUACCGAAGACGCCAUCUUACUGGAUAAAUACCUAUCCAAGGGUCUCCAGCCCACCGAGGAGGAGCUUCCGGAUGAGCCAAAGGUGCCGGUCCCGGCUUUCGUACCGGAGCCUACUGCAAUGGCUCAGAUGGAGAGUAUGGGCAUCCCGGCCAACCGGAUUCGACGGGCACUGCAUGCCACGGGGAACACGGACGCCAACGUCGCCAUGGAGUGGCUCUUCGAAAACAUGGACAACCCCGACAUCGAUGACCCUCUCGAUGCCGAUGGCUCGUCAAGAGAGUCUGCUGGAGCGCCAGAUCAGGAGAGCAUAGAGUUGUUGCAAUCCAUGGGCUUCGGUGCGCCGCAGGCCGCAAGGGCUCUCCAAGAGACAGGUGGCAACGUCGAGCGGGCAGUGGAAUGGCUGUUCAGCCAUCCUGACGUGGACUCCGGCCCGGCCGAGACCGAGUCCGUAGUUCCGACGGAAACCAUUGGAAGCACCGCGCCGCCAGUUUUCGAGCUGCAGUCUAUCGUAUGCCACAAGGGAAACAGCAUCCACGCCGGGCACUACGUGGCAUUCAUCCGGAAGCAGCUGGAGGGCCAGGGCGCCCAGUGGGUGCUCUUUAAUGAUGAAAAAGUGGUCGAGGCGCACGAUGUGGAGGAGAUGCGCAAAUUUGCCUACCUCUACUUUUUCAGGCGCGUAUAG